UUAUAAUCUAAGAAUAGCUCCAUUUGUUUGCACUGAAGUCCCUGUAUACACUUAAAAAAGACGGUUCUUCAAGGGUUCUUUAGUAAAGAAAAUGGUUUAAAAUAGAACCAUGAACACUUACAGAACGCUUUAAAUAAUUAAAGGGUUCUUUGCAUCAUGAAAUGAUUCUUCUGACUGAUGAAGAAUGUGUUGUUCACCUGCCUUGUAGGCCCACUAUCUGCUGAACACCUCAUGUUAUUAGCAUUUUAAUUCUUCCAUUCUUCAGUGGGCAGUUUUUCACCACAAGACCGCUGUUGACCAAGUGUUAUUUGGGUGGUGGACCAUUCUCAGCACAGCAGUGAUGCUGACAUGGUAGUACAUGUCAGUAAACAGGUACAAAUGUAUUGCUGUAUUACUUGCCCAGAUAGACAGCAUAUAUCGGUCUGCUGACUUCAUAAGGUCAACACCCCACUGACUGUUUGCCACUGCUGGUCCACCCUGGGACUACCCAGAUUACUGUCCUGCACACAAGCUCUAACUAGUUUUUAAUCUCCCCAAACAGCUUAAAUGCACAGAGCCCAUUAUUUUAGCAAAUUAACUUAGAUAAAUAUUACAAACAUUUGAGAGAAAAACAUUUUUUUUACAGAAAAUGUUGUUGCUGAGGCUGUUUGUCUCAAAUUUGAUUAAAAUAAUUUGCUAAUUUACUAAUUUACAAAGUGUAACUAAAGAAAAGGAAGGAAGGAAACAUCAGUAAAUUGGACUGUGAGAAGAAUAUAAUAAAUAAUAUGUGGAAUUUUGUCUAUAAAUCUGUAUAACCACCGGUGGGCCGCCCAGAAAACGCUGAGCAAAAUGCCACUGGACCAUCAGCAUUUCCAUUAGUGGGCCAAGAGUGGUCCACUAUUCUCUUGCUAUCAGGGACGUCAGUGUCACUGCUGGGUUGAGAAUGGUCCACUAUCCAGGAGCGGCUCUGCGGUACCCAAAGAACCCAAGAAGGUUCCUAAUGGUCCGUGGUUGUACAGUAAAAAUAUACUGUUACGUUUAUCUCAUAUGCUGAGAAACUGUCUGCAAAGCACAAAAAUUCCAAACAAAUUUGCUUCUCUGGCAUCGAAGAAAGAAACUAGAGACAUACCAACUUUCACAAAUUAAAAACCCAUUUCUUUUUUUUUCUUUCAUUUGGCUCUUUUUUCAUCGAUCUACAUUUCAAUGCAGAUAACAGUAUGAAAGAGUAUGAGUGUAAUAUUGGUGCGAUUUUUAUCCACAGUAUUUAUCAAUAUAUGUUUCAGUUUUCUAAUAAAUCAUGCUGCAGUGAACCGUGCAUUGUUUCAGAUUCAUUCCACACUCUUUGCUCUUCUGUAUGAGCCUCAUGUCGUCUCCUCAGGCGCUACAGGUGAGGCCCUCAUUCAUUAAUUCAAAGAGCGAGUCUCUCUUCAUUAUGCUGCAUUUAGAGCUCCUUCGCUGUGUGUUUUGUGCAUCCAUGGCAACGGAACUCUUCCCCCACAGCGACUGGAUCACAAUGGCCAUAUCGCUUUCAUCCCUCAUCCUGGAGCGGGAGCUAUUAAAACUAGUCAGGUGUAGGGUCCUGCAUGAGGGACCUCAGCGAACGGCAUGCAGGAGAAGGACGUGGGUUAUAACAAAUGGACUCAGCCGGGUUGGAGGAUAGAGCCGAAGUUUUCCAACAAAGUUCUGAUUGGCAACUGGGUGGAGGAGAAGCUACAGUUCACCCGCGAGAGUAAAACAGCAAACAGCACCAAUCGUUUGGACUUCAGGCCCCAUCCGGAGCACAAGCCAGAUGUGAUUGUGAGACGGCAUGCGCUGCGCCGAUCUGAGGGUCUUCCGCCCAGGCUACUCCUGUUCCAUCAUGACACAGCCAAAUCGCACAACCUGGUCUCGCUCUAUGAUGAGUCAUAUGGCCGGCAGCGCUCCUCUGACCUCCCUGCCCUCCGCACCUGGCACUCUGACAAAAUGGGCUGGAUACCCGAGAGGUCUGAUCACCCGAUCCAAGGUCCUCCGACGAACUGGGGUCUGCUGGAGUCAUUGCGGGUGCGGGUGGCGCAGCAGCAGGGUGUGUUGCCCACGCUGAGUGUGUAUAAAGGCGCGUAUCCUCUGCACCCCACAAGCGCUUUCUGCCAGCCUCGCCAUGCCAGAGCGCCACGCCUCAUCUCCGGCAACAAGAGAAACCUGGAGCUGGACCACAGGCCCAGAAACCCAGCCAGCCUGCUGCCGCCGCUGCCAUGUGUCUAACCCUGCUGUAGCACAAACAGGCCAUGUGCUGUU